AGAUUAAAAAAUGGCUUUUCGAAAGGCAGUGAAAGGAUCCAUCCUUAUUGGAGGAGGUGCUGUGGUAACCGUGUUUGGUCUUUCACAACUUUCUCAGUACAGAAAAAAGCAUGGUCAUCUUGUAUCUGUUGAAGCUGCAGAUUGUAAGAUCCUGCAAAUGCAAAGCCAUCUCCCUACCAGAGAACAUCAGCUGCAGGCUCUGCGAAACACCAGCGAAUUUGACAUUUUCAUCAUAGGCGGAGGCGCCACAGGAUGCGGCUGUGCCUUGGAUGCUGUUACUAGAGGCCUAAAAACAGCCCUUGUAGAAAGAGAUGAUUUCUCAUCGGGGACCAGCAGCAGAAGCACUAAAUUGAUCCAUGGCGGAGUGAGAUAUCUUCAGAAGGCCAUCAUGAAGUUGGAUUUUGAACAGUACAGAAUGGUGAAAGAAGCCCUCCAUGAACGUGCCAAUUUGCUGGAGAUUGCACCUCAUUUAUCUGCUCCUCUCCCUAUAAUGCUACCUGUUUACAGAUGGUGGCAGCUGCCAUACUAUUGGGUAGGAAUUAAACUCUAUGACCUUGUAGCAGGAAGCCAGUGUCUGAAAAGCAGCUAUGUGCUUAGCAAAUCAAAGGCUUUGGAACUUUUCCCUAUGCUACAGAAGGACAGACUUGUAGGUGCCAUUGUCUACUAUGAUGGACAACACAACGAUGCACGAAUGAACCUUGCCAUUGCUCUCACUGCUGCCAGGUAUGGUGCUGCCACAGCCAAUUACACUGAAGUGGUGCACUUGCUGAAGAAGACAGAUCCAAAGAGCGGGAAGGUCCGUGUCAGCGGAGCAAGGUGCAGAGAUGUUCUCACAGGGCAGGAAUUUGAUGUCAAAGCCAAAUGUGUUAUCAAUGCUACAGGACCUUUCACAGACUCUGUGCGGAAAAUGGAUGAGCAGGAAGUAGCAAACAUCUGUCAGCCAAGCGCAGGCGUUCACAUUGUGAUGCCUGGAUAUUACAGCCCUGAUAAUAUGGGACUUCUUGAUCCAGACACGAGCGAUGGCCGAGUGAUUUUCUUCUUGCCGUGGCAAAAGAUGACCAUUGCUGGCACCACAGAUACUGCCACUGAAGUCACACAUCACCCAAUUCCUACAGAAGAAGAUAUCAAUUUCAUCCUGACAGAAGUGCGCAACUAUCUUAGCUGUGAUGUUGAAGUGAGGAGAGGUGAUGUCCUGGCAGCGUGGAGUGGUAUUCGUCCCCUUGUGACAGACCCGGGUUCUAAAGACACCCAGUCCAUAUCUCGGAAUCAUGUAGUCCAUGUUAGUGAUAGCGGCGUUGUGACUAUAGCAGGUGGGAAAUGGACAACCUAUCGCUCAAUGGCACAGGAUACCAUUGAUGCUGCUGUAAAAGCUCAUUACCUUCAGGCUGAUCCUUGUAAGACAGUUGGACUCCUUCUUCAGGGUGCAGAUGGUUGGAGUCCUACCCUUUAUAUUCGACUGGUUCAGGACUACGGACUUGAAAGUGAGGUGGCUCAGCAUCUUGCGGCUACAUACGGAGACAGGGCUUUUGAAGUGGCCAAGUUAGCCCAGGUUACUGGAAAGAGGUGGCCGAUUGUUGGAAAGCGGCUCGUAUCAGAGUUUCCUUACAUUGAAUCUGAGGUUGAAUACGCGAUCCAGGAGUAUGCCUGCACUGCAGUGGAUAUCCUUGCUCGUCGCACACGCUUAGCCUUCCUGAAUGUGCAAGCUGCUGAGGAAGCCUUACCAAGAAUCAUUGAGAUCAUGGGAAAGAGGCUCAAAUGGAGCGAACAGAAGAAAAAGGAUGAACUUGCAGAGGCGAAGAAGUUCCUGUACUAUGAAAUGGGCUACAAGGCACGGUCAGAGCAGUUGACGGAUGAUGGUGAAAUCACUCUGACACCAAUGGAUGUUGAGAGAUACAAAAAGAGGUUUCACAUGUUUGAUAAGGAUGGCAAAGGUUUUAUUACUAUAUUGGACGUACAGCGUGUGUUAGAGAGCAUCAACCUUCAAAUUAAUGAAAGUGCACUCCAUGAGAUUUUGAAUGAAGUAGAUUUGAACAAAAAUGGACAGGUUGAACUCAAUGAGUUUUUGCAGCUCAUGAAUGCUAUUCAGAAAGGGCAAGUCUCUGGAAGCCGAUUUGCUGUGCUUAUGAAAACGGCCGAAGAGAACAUUUGUCAGCGUAAUGCAAUUUCAGUGGAUCGGAGUGGUGGUGGACUGUGAGUUUUGGGUGCUGCAGAAUAGUGGAUACCGUGAAGCUGACUCUAUUGAUGCUGGAAAACAUUCCACUGCUUUCA